GAGUGUCCUCUGCAAGCUGCAGACUGGUCUGCGCAAAUCUAGUCCGGACUGACGCGACCAUGGAGCCGGUGCCGCUGCAGGACUUCGUGAGCGGCCUGGACCCCGCCUCCCUUCCGCGCGUGCUGCGGGUCUGCUCCGGGGUCUACUUUGAAGGUUCUAUCUAUGAGCUCUUUGGAAAUGAGUGUUGCCUCUCCACGGGGGACCUAAUCAAGGUCACUCAUGUCCACCUCCAGAAGGUCGUGUGUGAGGACCCAGAGACGGGUCAGACAUUGGAGCUCGACCCCAAUUUCACAGGCCUCUUCAGCCCACUCAGAAGCCCGCAGAGCUACAGAACCCUGGAGGAUCUCAUCUCUGCCAUGCCCCAGAACUCCACCCAGUGGCCCCUUUACUUCAAGUCAACUCAGAGAAUUGUCACCGAGGCCAGGGUGGUGCCUGAGGAUCACCCCCUCAGACUUGAGGCUGUGGAAAUACACCAUGGGACCCACUAUGCACGCUGUGUCCAGGUCUCAAAGACCCAGGAGGUCACCCAUCAUCUGCCCCUUUCCCAGAAGGGACCCUUCUGGAGAUGCAAGCCUGGUGCUCCACAAACCUUGCUCCAAAUCCUGCAGGACCCAGCUAUGAAGGGCCUUAUGCUCAGCUGCCCCAGCCUACCCUGGGACUCUGUGAUCCUAAAGCCCCAGUAUAUGCUCCAAGCCAUCAUGCACAUGCGCAGCAGCAUCGUCAAGAUCCCGUCUACUCUGGAGGUGGAGGUAGAAGACGUCACCGUCUCCUCCCAGCAUAUCCACUUUGUCAAACCCUUGCGGCUGAGCGAGUUGCUUGCCGGGGAAGGCCCCUACCCUCUGUCUACGGAGAUCCUAGAGGUUCCUGAGGGUCCACCCAUCUUCCUCAGCCCGUGGAUGAGCUUCCUACGCAAAGGCCAGCGGCUCCGCAUUUAUGGUCCAGCCUCAUCACCCUGGCGGGUUGUGGCCUCAAGCAAGAGCCGAAGAGUGCCCAGACACUUCCUGCUCUCCGGGGCCUACCAGGGCAAGCUCAAGCGGAGGCCAAGGGAGUUCCUCACAGCCUUUGAGCUCUUGGGUGCUCUCCAGCCAGGCCGGCCCCUCCGGGUGGUGGUCACAAAAGACUGUGAUGGGAACGAAGAAGAGAAUCCCGAGUUUUCUUUCUUGGCCGUGGGUGAUCGGCUGGAGGUGCUGAGGUCAGGCCAGGCCUUUGGGACCAAAGGCCAGGACAUAGAUGUCUUGGUAUGUCAGAGGCUGAGUGAGCAGUCUGGGGAGGAAGAGGAGGAUUUGGAGGACGACUACGAGGAGGUAGAGGACAAAGAACAGAUUCUGCUGCCCCUCUACCUCUCUGGGAGCUUUGUGGAAGAGGUGAAUGACAGCCGACGCUAUAGCCUAGCGGAUAUCACGACGCAGUACUCCCUGCCCUGUGAGGUCAAGGUGGUGACCAAGGAUACCCGACACCCCGCUGACCCUCUGGCCUCCUUCCCUGGCCUGCGGCUGGAGGAGAAGCUCACAGAACCCUUUUUGGUGGUAAGCCUGGACUCCCAGCCAGAAAUGUGUUUCGAGAUCCCUCCUCGGUGGCUAGACCUGACUGUGGUGGAGGCUGAGGGACAGCCAGCCCAGGUGGCCCGGCCGCUGUCUGUCGCUCCCGUGCAGGAACUGUCGGAAGCUUUUUACUACAGCCUCCGGAAGCUGCCAGCCUCUGAGAACCAAGCUCCGCCACCCAGGCCCCCAAAGAGCCAGGGUAUCAGUAAGAAGCAGCAGAACCUACAGAGCUGUAAGGACCACUGUGUAAAGCCUCAAGUUAUAGAACCGCAGAAAUCCAGCCUGAAGCCUGAACUCAAGGCGAAGACCUUGGAAGCCCUUCCCAAGUAUAAAUCAAAUGAGUACAGCAAGAUUUCUGUCCACAAGAAAGGCCACAAAUCCAAUCCCCAAACAGAGAAUUCAGCACCAAGUAUGAAACCCAAGUCUUCAAGCUCACUCGGCAAGUACUCUACCACUGAGUCACAUCUCCUGCUUGAUCCAGAUAUAGGUGAUCAUGACUAUGAAGAAAUUUGAGCAUUUUCAGAAAAAAAUCAUCUAGGUGCUGGGGAAGCCACACUUCCAGUUGCCACCACACAGGGGACUGGAAUACCAGCCAACUCUUGGAGAACCUGGGGCAAAGUCUGAGGGACUUAGACUCCGAUGGGCAUGGGACUGACGCUAUUCUCUGCCUCUUUGGGUUCCCGGUCGGCUUGGUCCCGGAAAGUUGCCUGUGACACCCUCAGCCUUAGACGGUUGGUGUCCAGAGAAGCCAUUCAGGUUCUGGCCCUGCUCAUCAGUUGCCCCACUACUAGCCACAGAGAAGAAUCAGAGGCCACCAGCUUCAGUGUUGCCUGCCUCAGUAAAGAGAACUCAGUCCUCAUUGCACCGUCCAAUGUAGGCCACCUCCUUUGUUUGCUCUGCACUUGUGCAGUCUAGGCUGUGUGCCUAGGGGCAGGCAGUAUUCUCUUGUUGGUAGAACCCAGCUCAUGAUCAAUACCUAGGAAAUGGGCUUGUGGGACUGAAUGUGGGAAUCUGCCCCCAAGAAUAAAAUCCUAGGUAGGACACUA